AUGGCAGGCUUUGUCAACCGCGAUAACCGUGUCCCGUACUAUCAGCGCUUGUUCCAAGAGGGAAGCAAGAAGCAUGUCCGACAAUGGAACCAGUCCUCGAGGAGCAAAUACUUUCUCUACCCAUACUACACUGUCUUCGCCGGAACUUUCGCAGGAUGCAUGUAUAUGAUGACUCGUAUGGUUCUGGGACACAAGACCUGGUACGGCAAAUAA